GGACGAGCGGAGGCAGCGGGCAGCCGAGCAGAGGGAGCGGGCGCGGGCGAGGUGGGAGCGGCGCGGCGCAGGCGAGCCUGGGACCCGGAGCGCGCGCACUUUCCCGCAAAGUGCCAACUUGCCCGGAGAGUGCCAGGCGCACCUUCUGGGCGCAGGGGAAAGUCAGCGGGAAUUUGAGAUUUUAGGGAAGAAAGUCGGAUUGCCCCCCCGUCCCCUUUCCCCCUGUUACGAAUUCCCAUUAAAAAGAAAAACAAGAAUAACAGCAAACUUACUAUCAUCCUAUCCGUCCACCACUGCUGGCACCAUGAAGGCGGCCGUCGAUCUCAAACCGACUCUCACCAUUAUCAAGACGGAAAAAGUCGACCUGGAGCUUUUCCCCUCCCCGGAUAUGGAAUGUGCAGAUGUCCCACUAUUAACUCCAAGCAGCAAAGAAAUGAUGUCUCAAGCACUGAAAGCUACUUUCAGUGGUUUCUCGAAAGAGCAGCAAAGACUGGGAAUUCCAAAAGACCCCCGGCAGUGGACAGAAACCCAUGUUCGGGACUGGGUGAUGUGGGCUGUGAAUGAGUUCAGCCUGAAGGGCGUGGACUUCCAGAAGUUCUGUAUGAAUGGAGCAGCUCUCUGUGCACUGGGGAAAGACUGCUUUCUCGAGCUGGCCCCAGACUUCGUUGGGGACAUCUUAUGGGAACAUCUCGAGAUCCUGCAGAAAGAGGAUGUGAAACCAUAUCAAGUUAAUGGAGUCAACCCUACCUACCCAGAAUCCCGCUAUACCUCGGAUUACUUCAUUAGCUAUGGUAUCGAGCAUGCUCAGUGUGUUCCUCCCUCGGAGUUCUCAGAGCCUAGCUUCAUCACAGAGUCCUACCAGACACUCCAUCCCAUCAGCUCAGAGGAGCUCCUCUCCCUCAAGUAUGAGAGCGACUACCCCUCAGUCAUUCUCCGGGACCCUCUGCAGACAGACACCUUGCAGACUGACUACUUUGCCAUCAAACAAGAAGUUGUAACACCAGACAACAUGUGCAUGGGGAGGACCAGUCGUGGUAAACUCGGGGGCCAGGACUCUUUUGAGAGCAUAGAGAGCUACGAUAGUUGUGAUCGCCUCACCCAGUCCUGGAGCAGCCAGUCAUCUUUCAACAGCCUGCAGCGUGUUCCUUCCUAUGACAGCUUCGACUCCGAGGACUAUCCAGCCGCCCUGCCAAACCACAAGCCCAAGGGCACCUUCAAGGACUAUGUGCGUGACCGUGCUGACCUCAACAAGGACAAGCCUGUCAUUCCUGCUGCUGCCCUGGCUGGCUACACAGCAGGUUGCAGGAAGCCAGAAAGACCCCCUCAGCCCAAGUGGAGCCCUGCUGCCAGCCAGCAUCUCAGGAACUGGAGGGAUUCUGAUCCUCUGUGCUGUGGAGGCGGGGCAUGGAAUGGAUUUGGCAAUCUCACUGGAGAAACGCUGCUCAGUGGCAGUGGACCAAUCCAGCUGUGGCAGUUUCUUCUGGAAUUACUCACUGAUAAAUCCUGUCAGUCUUUUAUCAGCUGGACAGGAGAUGGCUGGGAAUUCAAGCUUUCUGACCCAGAUGAGGUGGCCAGGAGAUGGGGAAAAAGGAAAAACAAACCUAAGAUGAAUUAUGAGAAACUGAGCCGCGGCCUUCGCUACUAUUAUGACAAAAACAUCAUCCACAAGACAGCGGGUAAACGCUAUGUGUACCGCUUCGUGUGUGACCUGCAGAGCCUCCUGGGAUACACGCCUGAGGAACUCCAUGCCAUGCUGGACGUCAAGCCCGAUGCUGAUGAGUGAUGGACACCAAAGGGGCUAGGGAAACUCUGCUGAAACAUUUCAAAGAACAACCACGUCGGUUGGACUCUUAAUUUUUAACUGUUAUUCUAUUUUUAAUUUUUCAGAACUCAUUUUUUACAUUCAGGGGUGGGAGCUAAGUAAGCUGCAGCUAUAAUCAAUUGUAUGUUGUUGGAAAUAGCCCAGAAUGUUGGGGUGGGUGGGACAAGAAAUUCUUGAGCAAAUAUUCAGGACAGAGAGAAGGGUCCUCUUAGAAGCUUGAAGAAUCUGACUUAAAUGAGGAAGAGACUCAAGUGUCCAGUCGUUUUUUAAAACCAUCCAAGGAAAAAUUGUGUCUCGAGUGACGGACCUAUUAGCAAAUGAAAUUGAGACAUCAGGAGUCAUGUGACUGAUGAAAGGCAAUUCAUUUGCUUCCGUUUUAGGUCUGGGAGGCCAAAAAAGAGGGAAAUGGGGAAGAACAUUUGGGGGGGGGGCGGUAAAAAAAUUUACCUUUUACUCUACUUUCAAAACAAAGAUGGACUUCAGUGGGGAGGGGCCAAAACUGUUUCUGUGUUAAAAUUUAUUUUAUUAAAUUUUGUGCCAGUAUUUUUUUUUCUUAAAAAUCGUCUUAAGCUCUAAGGUGGUCUCAGUAUUGCAGUAUCAUGCAAGUUUGUUUUUAUUUGCCGGCUGAGGAUUCUGUCAUAGUGAAAGAAAACAGUUUAUAUAGACCCCACUGGAAAUGCAAAGUGCUGUCACUGAGAUGGGGGAAUCCCAAAUUCAUGUGGCUUAUAUAUGAAGGAAAAAAUAAUGCUGAUUCGGGCACAAGGGAACUGUGUGUGUAAAUUUCAUCUAUGAUUUAAAAAACUUAUCAUCACACCCCUCUACUUAUUUGUGGAUUCUUGGGGUUUAGACUUAAUGUUGAGCUAAGAAGCGUUAAGUCUUUGAACUGAAUGUAUUUUGCAGCCCUGGUUUUGGACCACAGCAAAUGUAGGAGCACUGGUGAAGUCAUGGAAAGAAGAUCAAAGCAGGAAAAUUGACUUGGUUCUUUCCUGGUUCUAUACCUAUAACAUAGGACUUGGAAUAAAUGCUGUGUGCAUGGGCAUUAUCCCUCAGGUCUUAAGAUAUAAGUCCUGAAUGCAUGUUGUCCCUGACUAACACUCUACACUUUCUCCUUUGUGUCUUAUUUCCUAGCAGCCCACAGUUUUUGCUUCUCCCCUUCCCUGUUAUUCAGUAGAGACAUGUACAGCUUUCUGAUUGGUGAGGGCAAGAGUAACUGCAGACAUGACAUGAGUUGAAAAGUGUCUGAUAAAGCCAUUUAGACUCACUGGGUUUUAGGAGCAAUGGAAAUUAAGGGAGCAUACAAAUACAACGUGACUUGGCUGACUUUGGGAGGAGAAUUGCAAGGCUUUCCUUUGAAGAACUGCUAGUUGAGUCGGAUGUGAGGUGAGAGACUGUGCAUGCAAAGUGAAUAGUAUAGCCGCUAUUAGGACCUUGUGCUUGGGUCUAUUAUCGUGGCACAAGUGAAUGAAGGCUAGUAAUUGCAGAAGAGAGGAAUGACUUGAAGGCAAAGGAAAAACGUAAGACAAGGAGCUUGAAUGAAGAAACUAGGGUGGUCCAUGAGAUUUGAAUAUAUUUUUAGUUCCCCUAUAGUUUAACUGCAAACUUAGUCCACGAUGAAGUCGUGCAGGGUAAUCUAAAAAUGGAGGUUUGGGUUGGGGGAACCAACACCUAACUUGUGAGGAAAAGUUCCAGUCAAAAUCCCCCUACUCUAUAGAUCCCCAGUUAACAAAAGACAACAACAGUGGGACGGCUUUACAGACUUCAGUGAGAGAGGUGAAGAAACAUUUCAGAUGGGCUUCUCAGGGCUAGCCUUUCUUGGGCUCUAGCUGAGAAACGGAAAGUACUAACAACCUUCUGUAUAGCAUAUCUUCAAGAAAGUGGAUUGUUCACUCCCAGGUCCUUUUGUUGUAGACCCUAAUUAUCAGGAACUUAGCUCUGUGAUUCAUGAGUUUCCUCAUACUGAUAAAUCGGAGAGUCCACUUGGAAAGCAAAGGCAGAAUUAGCCCAGUUGUGUAUUUUGAUCUUCUUCCAAAUGCAGGUGCCUUAAUGAAGCUCUCGAAAUAUUUUAGGAACUGCUCAGGGAGUGUUAGGCGGAACUGUUGGACUACAUUGUUUUUUCUUAGAUUAUGUGAUCUUUGUUGGGCACUGGCAAAGGUGUGUGUGUGUGUGUGUGUGUGUGUGUGUGUGUGUGUGUAUUUGCAGACAUGCAAAACUGCAGCUGAGAUAAUACCUGGGUUAUCUAGGUAAGUCUUUUCACAUUUCCCUAAUGAGCGAGACUAGAACCAAGGCUGGGCAUCAGUCAUGGCUUGCUGUUUGCAACCAGGCAUAAGAUCACUUUCUCAACUCAUCCAGCUUUCUGAAAACUCCUCUUGUGUGAGUGUGUCUAACUCCUGCAAUAAUUCUGUAGCAGAUAAGAUAUAAGAAAGUGCAUCAUCGUGCUCCUCAACCCGCUUGUUCGCUCAGAUGCUUUUUUCUCUAGGUCCAUCGUUUUCAGUAUUUAUAGAUAGUUUAUUAGAUAAGACAGCUUUGUUGAUCUGGCCAGAUGCUUUUUAUCCUGUCCAACGGCCAGAGACCAUCCCGGGAAGAAUGGUGGGUGGUUUAUACACUGGAAAUGUAGCAGAAUUGUUGCAUUUAUACUUUUUAAAAACACAUGUUAGCUUCAGAGGAAGGAUGGGCAAAUCUGGUUUAGCUGGGGGAAACCCUUAUUUUCCUGGAGAUGCCUUAACCCACAUCAGUUUUGGCUGUAGGGUUCAGAGUCACUUUGGUUCCUUUCUCCAUUCAGGGGUUGGGGACUUCCCUACACAGAGCCUUGGUUUUGUGGUGAUGGGGAUUGGAGGUAGCAUUCCAAGAUCAGAUGUGCUUUUCCUCACUUUGGAGAUGAACACUCUGGGUUUUAGAGCAUUAACCUGCCUAAUCUUCAUGGUGGAAAUGACACCUUCUCUUUUCUAGUCAUGCUGUGCAUGCUGCUUUCUCUGUUGGGGUCUAUAUAAAUGUGUUGAACUCUUAUCUACAUUCCAAAGAACUUUCAAGGAACCGUAAAUAUAUGUAUACAUAUACAUAUAUAAAAUAUAUAUAUUAAAAUGAAAUUAUCUCUAUCAGGAAUACUGCCUCAGUUAUUGAACUUUUUUAAGAAUACUUUUUUUUAAGCUGAGAAAUAUAGUGGUUAAAAAGAUAUUAUAUUGUGUUUGACUAUUUUCCAACUUGUAUUUUCAUAUAAUUUAUAUUUUUUAAAAAGCUGAAAAUCUAAAAGCAAGAUGAAAAAAAAAAAGGAAAAGCAGGUGCUUUUUAAAAAUCAGAACUGAGGUAGCUUAGAGAUGUAGCGAUGUAGAUGUCUAUGUGUUUUUUUUUUAAAUGCAAAAAAAAAAUUUCUUAUGCAGGAGUUGUUGUUUGUUUAUUUUAGUAGCUGAUGCUGGCACAUCAUUUUGCUGGAGAGUUUUUUAUAUACUGUAGCCUGAUUUCAUAUUGUAUUUUAAACCGUGUGAAAUUAAAAACAAAGAAAUUCAUUCAUAA